AUGGCGUCUCAGUCUCAGUCUCGGCCUCAGGAACCCCCACCGUUGCCAACCAGUGCCUCGGAACACGAUAUUCGUGCUGUCUUAACUGGGGAGGCUUUGAGUCACCUGGAGCCGUGUCCUGGUGGUGAGUGGAAAUUCUUCUCUCAGAAUGAAGAUUCUAUCGUCGUCGUGUAUACCAUGCCCGACGGCACUGAGGUCAUGAGAACCAUCGUUGAUAUGGCCGUCACUCCUGAAGCUGCCACGCAUAUUUGUUGGCAAUACCUUCACAGCCCUAACGCAGGCUUCAACCCAGGAGCAUCGAUUCAAAACUAUACUCCCAACCUCUCACCUGAGUACCACUCAUACGUGAUGCAAUUGAAUCAGCAGUUUGCAGACUUGAACAAUGCGUGGCAGUCACACACCGUUGUCCCGCAAAGUCUCGUUAUGCCAGGCCCAACCAAUGCGCAGCUUUCAAACUCUGGCCAGAUCCCCACUCAAGCUCCUGGUCAAGCUCAACCUCUUACUCAGUUCCAGGCGUCCAACGCCUCCCUGACGAUGCCCAUGGGACCGUUUCAGAACAUGCAGCCAAUGAACGUUGCUCCAAAUGGGUUUGGAAAUGUUGCUGCGUUUCAGAAUGGAAAUGUCGCUGCUGCGAAUGGCAACUUGUUCCCUCCUCAAAACGACAAUGAUGAAGCAGUCAAUCCCGAAUCUGCAUGGGGUCCCUUCAAUCAGCAAGCCUAA